UGUACGAGUCAAUUACAGAUUCGGUUUGGAUAACUAUAUUAUUUUCCAUCAGCAGUUCCGCACAAAUACUGUCCGCAGCCAGAGUCAAAAUCAGUGUAGUCAUCGACUUCCAUUUCCCGCCCACACUUUGCCCCAUCACUCCCCACCUCCCAUCCAUGGCAGAGAGCAGCAAGAAGCGCCGUCGAACCAACACCGACGACCUCCCUUUCAAGAACAAGCUUAAACUAGACUCCACCAUCCUCCAAAUCCUGAAAGACUUCUCCACCUCUUCCUCCUCCUCUUCCUCUUCCUCCAAAACCCUAACCCUCCAAGACCUCUCCCUCCCCUUCUCCUGCCGCGAAGUCUCCGAUCUCAGCCUGUCUUCUGUUCAGUCCAACAUCGAGUCCCUCGUCCUCCGCAUCGCCCACUCUAUCCUCUCCGGCAACGGCUUCGCCUUCGACGUCCCCUCCCGCUCUGCCACCAACCAGUUUUACGUCCCGGAGCUUGACCGGAUUGUUCUCAAGGACAAGAGUUCACUUCGUCCUUUUGCGAAUAUCUCGACGGUUAGGAAGUCCGCAAUAACUGCCCGCAUAUUGCAGCUGGUUCACCAGCUUUGCAUUAAGGGGAUUCAUGUCACGAAGCGUGAUCUGUUCUACACGGAUGUUAAGUUGUUUCAGGAUCAGAUCCAGUCCGAUACGGUUCUUGAUGACGUGUCCUGUAUGCUCGGAUGCACACGAUCCAGCCUCAAUGUGGUUGCAGCCGAGAAAGGUGUUGUUGUCUGGAGGCUGAUCUUUAGCGACAAUGGGGACAUGAUUGAUUGCACAAAGAUGGAUAUGGGUGGGAAGGCCAUUCCACCAAAUAUUGAUUGAGUUGGGGAUAUGCAGAGUGAUGCUUUGUUCAUUCUGUUGGUGGAGAAGGAUGCUGCUUAUAUGAGAUUGGCCGAGGAUAGAUUCUACAGCCGGUUUCCUUGUAUAAUCGUGACUGCAAAAGGGCAACCUGAUGUUGCUACAAGGCUGUUCCUGAAGAAGAUGAAGAUGGAGUUGAAGCUGCCAGUGCUUGCACUUGUCGACAGUGAUCCGUAUGGGUUGAAGAUUCUCUCUGUCUAUGGAUGUGGGUCAAAGAAUAUGUCCUACGACAGUGCCAACCUGACAACCCCUGACAUAAAGUGGCUCGGGGUUAGGCCUAGUGAUUUGGACAAGUACAAGAUACCCGAGCAAUGUAGGUUGCCGAUGACUGAGCAGGAUAUUAAGACUGGAAAGGACUUGUUGGAGGAGGAUUUUGUGAAGAAAAAUCCUGGUUGGGUUGAGGAAUUGACAUUAAUGGUGAAAACUAAGCAGAAGGCUGAAAUUCAGGCCCUGAGCACCUUCGGCUUUCAGUAUCUAUCUGAGGUUUAUUUGCCCUUAAAAUUGCAGCAGAAGGAUUGGUUAUGACCUUUCACAACCUAAGAGCAAUGUUUAUUGUCUAAGAUGCUGACUAUGUCACCACCUGCUCCAACAGGACUGUAAAAAUGAGUACUAAUGCAACUUCAAAAUAUUGAAAAGGUUAAAAAGACAUGCAACUGGAAAAAUACUGCAUAUUAAAACAACUAACUCGGUUUGAUUAUGAUGGAUUGAUAGGAAGCAUUAUACUGGGAGUUGAUUUAUUAUAACAAAAUUGCUCUUUUGUUUAUUAGCUAUAGCAUAUACUUGUAGUCUUGUAUAGUCUGUUAUAACUUAACAAGUUAGUUAGGACUUCAAUUAGCCAUAUUAGUUAGUUAGACUAUCACAGUAUCACCUUGUAUAUAUAAAUGCAUGAUUGAUUGAGUCAAUACAUAAUUCACUUUUACAAUCAAUAAUACAUAAGCUCAUUUUCGCACAGUAUUCAACACUGUUCUUUUUUAAAGCCAUUUUAAAAAAUCAAGCAUGCUUGGGGGAUUUGUCAUGGCAAGAUUAUAAUAGAAAUGAAAAGAAUGAAGACUUGGUUUGGUCUCUCAAAUUUCAUGUAUGGUU